CUUACUUCCCCUCAAGUCUCGUUAAGAGUUCUCCACUGUUAUCGCGUUAUCUUCGUUGAGGCCCACCGUUAUUAAUAACCGUAAACAUACAUCCAUGAUGAGUUAUUCAGAAAAGACUGAAGAUAUUACAAAGGAGGAAUGGAUGGAUAAACUGAAUAAUGUGCACAUUCAGAGGGCAGAUAUGAAUAGGCUCAUCAUGAACUAUCUAGUAACAGAGGGAUUUAAAGAGGCUGCAGAGAAGUUUCGUAUGGAAUCUGGGAUUGAGCCGAAUGUGGACCUAGACUCUCUGGAUGAGAGGAUAAAGAUCAGGGAAAUGGUUUUGAAAGGUCAGAUCCAGGAAGCCAUUGCUCUCAUUAACAGCCUCCACCCUGAUCUCCUCGACACCAAUCGAUACCUUUACUUUCACCUUCAGCAGCAGCAUCUGAUUGAGCUCAUCCGUCUGCGGGAGACUGAGGCGGCGCUGGAGUUUGCGCAGUCACAGCUCGCCGAACAGGGAGAGGAGAGCAGAGAAUGCCUUACUGAGAUGGAGCGAACCCUGGCACUGCUUGCCUUCGACAACCCUGAAGAAUCACCGUUUGGAGACCUGCUCAACAUGAUGCAGAGGCAGAAGGUGUGGAGCGAGGUGAACCAGGCUGUUCUAGACUUUGAGAACAGAGAAUCUACUCCAAAAUUAGCAAAGCUGCUGAAGCUUUUACUGUGGGCUCAGAACGAACUGGACCAGAAAAAAGUGAAAUACUCCAGAAUGACAGACCUCAGCAAGGGCACCAUUGAGGACCCCAAGUAGAGACUCUAAUCCACAUGGACACAUUUGAAUUGUCUUAUUUAUGAACAGUCAGUGACUGCAUAGCAAAUAUAAAUCUAUAUCUAAUGUUGUUGUUUUUCUUGAUGCCUCUAUAAAAAAGUAACUUAAGCAACAGUAUAUGAUUUUAUUUCAAACAAAACUGUAAACCUAAAUUUGUAUUGUAAUCUACCAUUUACUAUGCUGGUAGCCUAUUUUCUGAAGAACGUAAUAUUCCUAUGGUACUGUUUUUACUCAUUUUCAGUUUGUCACAUGGGUUUUGUAAUUUUUAUUUAUAUUUUAUGUCAACCUCUUCACUGGUUUCACAUACAGUACAGUAUGUCCUCAUGCUUAUAUUAGGCUGCUUUUAUGGGAAAUAUUAGCUCCUGGAUGGAAAGAAAAAGACUGAUAUAAUAUAACUAUCUUUUUUGUGGAUCUGACAACUUCAUUUUUUAUUUAUGAGAAGCUGCAGAUGCUGAUAAUGUGAGUUAAGUGUUGAGUUUUAGACCAACAUUAAAUAAGCUAUUUUAAUUGUAAAACAACAAAUAUUGUCAUUACAGACUUAAAGCCUUAUGUUUAUGAUUUUUGUCUUUCGCUUUUGUUCACAUUUUGUACUGCCUGUUUGGGAUAAAGUUGAUUUCACAGUA